GGGCGCCGGCUGCGCCGCUUCCAAGCGGGCGGCAGCGGGCGAUCGCUUCCCGGUUUUUCCCCCGGUUCCUUUCCCUUGGCUCCGCCGCUGGCACCCAUGGAACAGCGGUGCAGACGCUGCCCCACGGCUCCGCGCCCCGGCGCAAAGUUUCUGUUUGAGAACUACACGUUCACUCAGCAAAACAAAACCAAGUUUUAAAGGUUGUUCUUGGUGGAGAUCAGUCUAUGCCCCUUUACCUGCUUGAGUGAAACCAACCUGGGAAGUUCUGCCAUGGCAGCUUUUCUGCUCGGAGCUGUGCUACUCAUUGUCCAACCCCAGAUAGUGCCUUCCAGACCUGCUAUGAAUUCGAAGGCUGAGGCUUCUCAGUCUGUUCAGAGAGAGCUUUUAAAGAAAGCAUCUCAAAAAAACGACUUCAAGGAAAACAUUCAUCCUAAUGGAUCGUGCCAGCAGCUGCCACAGACUGUCAUUAUUGGAGUGAGGAAAGGUGGAACGAGAGCUUUGCUGGAGAUGCUGAGUCUCCAUCCAGACAUUGCAGCAGCAGAGAGCGAAGUUCACUUCUUUGACUGGGAAGAUCAUUACAGAAAUGGAUUGCAGUGGUAUAUUAAUCAAAUGCCAUUUUCUUAUCCCCAUCAGAUCACCGUGGAGAAAACUCCAGCAUAUUUCACAUCACCUAAAGUGCCUGAAAGAGUCUAUAACAUGAACCAAUCAAUGCGACUGCUCCUUAUUUUAAGAGACCCGAGCGAGAGAGUACUCUCAGAUUACACCCAAGUGUUCUAUAACCACAUGCAGAAGCACAAGCCCUAUCCAUCUAUUGAAGAGUUCCUGGUUAAAGAUGGUGAACUCAACGUGGACUACAAGGCAAUAAACAGGAGCUUGUACUACAUCCACAUGCAGAACUGGCUGAAGUAUUUCCCUCUCGACCGCAUCCACAUUGUAGAUGGGGACAAACUCAUCAAGGAUCCCUUCCCAGAAAUAGAGAAGGUAGAGAGGUUUUUGAAGCUGUCACCGCAGAUAAAUGCUUCAAACUUUUAUUUCAAUAAGACUAAAGGCUUCUACUGCCUGAGGGACAGUGGUAGGGAACGUUGUUUACACGAGUCAAAAGGACGAGCGCAUCCCCAGGUCGACGCGCGGUUGCUUGAGAAACUCCACGAAUAUUUCCAUGAGCCCAACAAGAAAUUCUUUGAGCUUGUGGGCAGAACAUUUGACUGGCACUCAUUUGGGGCAAGUUAGUGGUAAGCUUCAGAACCUACAGUUCCAGUGUACAUUUGGAGAUUUAAAAAAAAAAAAAAAAAAAGGGCAUUUAAGCUAUAAUUUAUUUGUAAAAUCCAUAAAUUCUUCUGUACAGUAUUAGAUUCACAAUUGCCAUAUAUAUAUAUAUAUAUAUAUACUAGUUAUAUUUUUCUACUUGUUGAAAUUGAAAGCAUUUUGUAUUGUUUUUCAUGGUUGUUAACAUUGUGUAUGAUGUGUCUAUAUGAAGAAACUAAAUUAUUUCACUGCAGAAGA